AUGGAGGACGGUGGAGAAGAAGUAGAGCGCAUUCCCGAUGAGUUGUUCACGUCAAAAAAGAAGCAAUUGUUAGAUAGACUCAUAAGAGUCGGAAUAAUUCUCGUGUUCCUGGUAUGGGGUACCGUUUUAGUGCUGAAAAGCAUACCAUACCAUUCGAAAAUACCAGAUUAUCACGAACCCAACCCUGACUACACAAAGGAUGGAAAAUUAAAAGUAUCCUUUGCUAACGUUAGAAACAAUACGUUUUUGCCCAAAUACCAUGACCUGCAGUGGAUUAAUGCCAUUGGAACGGAAGAGAGUGACUUGGGCCUCUAUGUUACGUUUAUGAACGAUAGUUAUGUGAUCAAAUCUGUUUACGAAGAUUCAUAUCAUGACGUUCUUUUGAAGGGGAAAACCUUUAUCCAUAAUGGUCAAAACCUCACAGUGCAGUCAAUGACAGCGUCUCCGGACCUCAAACAACUGUUGAUCAGGACAAACAGUGUCCAAAAUUGGAGGCACUCCACCUUUGGUUCUUAUUUUGUCUACAAUAAAGAAAGUUCAUCAUUUGACUUGAUUGGAAACGACGUAGCUUUGGCCAUAUGGUCCCCUAAUUCUAACGAUAUUGCAUAUGUGCAAGAUAACAAUAUAUACGUCUAUUCUACAGAAUCGAGGAAAACUACACGGGCUGUAACUGAUGACGGAAAUCCCUUCCUCUUCAACGGUAAGCCAGAUUGGGUUUACGAGGAAGAAGUCUUUGAGGACGACAAGGCGUUAUGGUGGUCACCAACUGGUGAUUAUCUGGCGUUUUUAAAGAUCGAUGAAUCAGAAGUUGGUGAGUUCAUUAUUCCCUAUUAUGUCCAAAAUGAUAAAGAUGUAUAUCCAGAAAUGCGUAGCAUUAAGUACCCAAAGAGUGGUACACCGAAUCCCCAUGCCGAGUUGUGGGUCUACUGUAUGAAAGACGAAUCAUCGUACCACCCUAGAGUAAAUGGAGACGGAAAGGGUUCAAGUAUAUUGAUUACUGAACUUACAUGGGUCGGAGAUGAAGACGUUUUAGUUAAGACUACUGAUCGUUCCUCAGAUAUGCUAACGGUAUUUUUAGUGGACACGAAUGCAAAAUCUUCAUACGCUGUGAGAAAUGAAAGUGCCCAUGGGGGAUGGUGGGAGAUUACCCAUAAUACUCUCUUUAUUCCAGCAAAUGAAACGCUUGGUAGACCUCAUAAUGGUUAUGUCGAUAUUCUACCAAUAAAUGGUUAUAAUCACUUAGCCUACUUUGAGAAUAGUAAUAACACACACUACAAAGUACUGACAACUGGGGAUUGGGAGGUAGUUAAUGGGCCACUUGCCUUUGAUUCAAAAAUGGAUCGUCUUUAUUAUAUUUCUACACAAAAGCACUCAACCGAGCGCCACCUUCACUAUAUAGAUUUCCAGUCACAACCCAAGAUGCAUCAAGUUACUGAUAUUUUCAAAGAGGGUGUAUUCGAUAUAUCCUUUUCUUCAGGUAGGAGGUUCGGUUUACUCACCUAUAAAGGACCCGACGUUYCAUACCAAAAAAUCGUUGAUUUUCAUUCACACAAAACAGACACAUAUAUAGAAGGGAACAUAUUAGGCGAAACAUUAUACUAUUUGGAGAAGAACGAAGAAAUCAGCAAAAAUUUAGAAAAUUAUUCGAUUCCCAAAAAAAUAUUCCAGGAGUUAAAUUUGGGUAAGGAUGAAUCGGGAGCGGACAUAUUGGUGAAUUCGUACGAGAUCCUCCCAAACGAUUUUGAUGCAACGUUAAUCGAUUAUUAUCCAGUUUUUUUCUUUGCAUAUGGUGGACCAAAUUCUCAGCAAGUCAUCAAGACAUUUUCUGUAGGUUUCAAUGAGGUCGUAGCUUCACAAUUAAAUGCAAUUGUAGUUGUCGUCGAUGGUCGUGGUACUGGUUUCAAAGGCCAAAGAUUCAGAUCACUUGUCCGUGAUAAGCUUGGCGAUUACGAGGCCCGUGACCAAAUAUCUGCGGCUUCCCUUUAUGGUUCCCUGAGUUUCGUUGACUCGCAAAAGAUUUCCUUAUUUGGUUGGUCGUAUGGGGGAUAUUUGACUCUGAAGACCUUGGAAAAGGACGCAGGAGAACACUUUAAGUACGGGAUGUCUGUUGCUCCGGUAACCGACUGGAGAUUCUACGACUCUGUCUAUACCGAAAGAUACAUGCACACUCCUCAAGAAAACUUUGACGGGUACGUGGAAUCAAGUGUCCACAAUGUCACAGCGUUGGCCCAAGUAAACAGGUUCCUACUAAUGCAUGGUACAGGGGAUGACAAUGUUCACUUCCAAAAUUCUCUGAAAUUUCUAGACCUUUUGAACUUGAACAAUGUCGAAAAUUACGAUGUUCAUGUAUUCCCUGAUUCUGACCACAGUAUAAGAUAUCACAACGCGAAUGUGAUUGUUUUCGACAAGCUGCUUGCUUGGGCAAAGCAUGCAUUUAAUGGGGAGUUUACCAAGUAA